AGCAGCGGCGGCGACGUGCGUGUAAGCGCGUUUAUUGGGCAUUUAUGAAUACCACCAAGGAUAUACAACAGUUAGCCUAGGGCGUGAGGCCUGUAGGUGCGAGCUUGAGGCCGGAGAAAUGCGGGCGGCCUUCAUACCUUUUCUCCUUCUGGCUUCAUUCGUGGGAGUCGCCCUAUCAACGGACCUAAUCUUUACUGCUUUCAACUGUUAUACGAACGCUGCCAUUCACGGAACUGCCUACAAGACCAUCGGGAGGAGUGCCGGAGAAAGCGACAUUGUAUACUGGACUAAGCUUUACUCAGCAUGCUCUUCUGAGUCGGAUUGUUGGGUUUUCGACACAUCCGGGAAGUUUUACAGUUUGGAGGUUUGGAACAAGAUGGCGUUGUUAUACUACAGCCAAGACCAAGUGGUCUACGAAUACAUAUUAACUCAGUCAACUCCAACAAGCUGUACUACUCUGGUUCAACAACCACCCUCACCUCCACCCUCACCACCACCCUCGCCUCCACCCUCUCCACCACCCUUGCUUCCACCUUCUCCUCCACCCUCGCCUCCACCCUCUCCGCCACCCUCGCCUCCACCCUCACCUCCACCCUCGCCUCCACCUUCUCCGCCACCCUCUCCGCCACCUUCUCCGCCACCCUUGCCUCCACCCUCUCCACCACCCUCACCUCCACCCACUCCGCCACCCUCGCCUCCACCCUCUCCGCCACCUUCGCCUCCACCCUCUCCGCCACCCUCGCCUCCACCCUCACCUCCACCCACUCCGCCACCCUCGCAUCCUCCCUCGCCUCCACCCUCUCCACCACCCUCUCCACCACCCUCUCCACCACCCUCGCCUCCACCUUCUCCUCCACCCUCGCCUCCACCCUCUCCGCCACCUUCGCCUCCACCCUCUCCACCACCCUCGCCUCCACCUUCUCCGCCACCCUCUCCGCCACCCUCGCCUCCACCUUCUCCGCCACCCUUGCCUCCACCCUCGCCUCCACCCUCGCCUCCACCCUCGCCUCCACCCUCACCUCCACCCACUCCGCCACCCUCGCCUCCACCCUCACCUCCACCCACUCCGCCACCCUCACCUCCACCCUCUCCGCCACCCUCGCCUCCACCCUCACCUCCACCCUCACCUCCACCCUCGCCUCCACCCUCUCCACCACCCUUGCUUCCACCUUCUCCUCCACCCUCGCCUCCACCCUCGCCUCCACCCUCGCCUCCCCCGUCUCCCCCGCCUCCUUCUCCGAGCCCACCACCCCCACCACCACCACCUCGCGCUAUUCACAGCUCUUCCCCUCCCCCCCAGCCACCCAGCCCUCCACCCCCUAGCCUGCCAUCCGUAACCCCCAGCCCCACCCCUCUGCCCCUCCAUUCACCACAAUCCCCACAAUCCCCACACAGCCCGCAGUCCCCUAGCAGUCCCCAGCCUCCUUUAACCCCGUCCCCAAUACACAGCCCGCCUCCGUCUCCAUCACCUAUCACACCUGCUGUCUCACCCCCACCCCAAUCACCACUGCCUCCCACUCCACCACCACCAUCAUCUCAACCCCCUUCACCCUCACCACCACCACCUCGACCCCCCCCAAUUUCACCGCCUUCAAGUCUACUCCCCUCACCCUUAUCCCUGUCUCCUCGGCCACCAUCACCACCACCACCCUCGGCCCCACACCCCUUACCAGCACCAUCACCUCCAGCCAUGUACUGGGCUACCUACGCCUCUGGCCCCAAUCCUCAGCAGCUUCAGACUGCCGGCUCUGCGGGCCUCAUAGUGGGGGCUCCCGAGCUCAAGUUCAGGACCUCGCCAAAGGCCUGCAAACCCACAGCUGACGUCAGCUGGGUGCCGACUAAAACAGCCCCCCGCUACGUGGUGGCCUACUUCAACCAGGCGCCCGCUGCACGGGGCGGUCAGGUGGCGGCUGUGGCGCUGUAUGUCACCAACAAGGGCACCCUCAACCCCGCCAUUGCCUCCAUCGACCUGCUGCUCCGGAGGGAGAGGGUGGUGACCGGUGGUGCCAACAGCAGCAGCUAUGAACAGUGGGUGACACUGUACAGAGGCAGUACAGGCCAGGUGCUGAAGUGUCCGGGACUCAAUUACUUUGCCGUAUCUGCUGCAACGGCCGCAACUACCCUGCAACUGUCUGAUGCGGCCGCCAUGAUGACAUCAGCUGAUGAGUUCAACACAGCGGUUGUGGUUGCCGUACGGAUUAACGUCAACGGGGCGACUGUUUCCAGUAAGUCACUCCUGCCGCACCUGGCAGCCGUUGGGCUGCAACUCUCGUGAGAGGGAGAACUUCGAAGUCUGUAACUCAUGGCAGCAUGCGGGUGUGGCUUGGUGUGGCUCGGUCAUUGACGUGUCUGGCAACUUCGACUACUGGUGAUGACAGCAAGUUGACAACGGUUAACCUAGCUUCUUAGGGUUGACGACAGCCUUUGCUAUUAUUUGGUUUGAUGGUUGGAAUUGCGUGCAGAUCGUUGAUGGGUGGUUAAGAUUUGGGUGAUUGGGGUGCGUGUAGUUUUGAGUAUGUCGGACGUAUCAUCGAGGUUUGGACCACUGUACCGUGAACAUGUCCCAUACACAGUCCCUUACCUGGCAUCGUUGAAAAUGCUUUGACCUAACCUGUGGCUUACCAUUCUUUUCACGCCUAGGGCGGCAAUCCAAAUUUGUUUUGUUUUGUUUUGUUGCAAAUUUGUUUUGUCUUUGUUUUGUUGUCGGCGCGUGCUAUUGUGUGCCCAGCAGGUUUAGCGUACAGCAGGUUUGCGCUCUGACUAUGCCUCAUCGUGCUGCGUAUACUAAACGCUAUUGACCGCAGUGUAUUGUUUAGUGACUAUGACUCAGUGGUCCUGCGCUGCACUGCUGCAAUGCCGAUGCGGGCGGGCCACCCUGGCGGGUCGGGCUGGCUCACAUGUUGCAAACCAUAUUGACGCCUUAUCACUCAGUCAGUUCGUUGUUUCCUCUUUAUCCUCCUCUUUACCCUGGGGUAUUGCCUUGGAACUGAUCAGUAGUACCUACCUGCCAUUGUAUUAAUACUCAACGACACGCACUUCCCCUUAAUGGUCUAUCAUUGAGAUGCGUGGGCUAGCGGAAGUGUAACAGUUGCGGCACUUGCGAAAUGCUUGACCGUUGCGGUUCGGUUGUCGGCACGAUGAGCGAUUUGGACUGGCGAUGGCGACUGACGAUGUGGGUUUACUGUGCGGGUAACCUAUUUGGCUCAGGGAUGUGGCUUCACUUGUGUACCGUUGCAGGGUGGUUAGGUUUUGGGUAACACUGUGGUAAUGGUGGUUUUGAACGCGAUCGAUGGCUCUGCUCAGAAGCUGCAAGGUCUUUACAGUUCAUGCAGGUUUCGUAUGGGGUUGCUUUGCCGAGCUGGUUGGGUAUGAUGGCUGGAAACCGGUGAGCUGUCCUUGCUUGUUACUGCUGCUUUACGGGGAGUGGUGCUACUGGCCUGUAGGUAUACCGAUGGUAGAGCUGGUCUUGGCUGAUCUGGAUCUUGUGCAUAUGAAGAGCCCCGGAGAGCGGCUCUUGAAGAGAGACGGGAAGGGAUCUCUACCUCACGUUCUUUACAGAUUUAAGAGCGAUAUGCCUGCUUCAACUCGGUCUGUCAGAGCCAUCCUAGUCUUCAGCGCCUGGGGCUUUCGGGUCACCCUUUAAGGCCGCCUACUUCAACCAUGCUCAACCUAAACGUACGAUGCCAUGACGUAUCGCGUGACUGACCUAUCUCGGACCGCUUUUGUUGAUUACGGCGCCAGGGAUCUUUCGGGCCAUGGGCGCGCUCAGCCAGCCCGGCAGGGGCGGCGAGCCUAGGAUCGUGCCCUAUUUCUCCUGACCUGAACCCUACAUGAAGCGUGUGACUUGGCAAGGACUGAGAGCCACGGCGAGCGGGCGGCCGGCGAGCAAUGUCAUUUGUGAGCGUUACAUGGCGGCUUAAAUCCUCAGAUAAUUGGGGGGUCAGGGGGCGCGGGUGCGGUGCCGGCCGAGGUGAG